AUGUGUUGGACGAAUCAUGUCCAAGCACCCAACAGCUUGAGGAAGGAGCCAAUGGGAUGGAGCCACUCGUUCCAGGAAGAUAGGAUCAAGGAAGUGAUGAUCAUCUUCAAUGGACCAAUCAGGUUCAGCUACCUAGCAGCUUGGAAAAUGGACCAAUGGAAAAGUGCCAUUCAAGCUAAGUGGAUAAUGAUGGAUGGAGUUGCUAGUGAGAGGGAGGACGCCCAGAAGAAGAAGAAAGAGGAGGAGGAGGAGAAGAAGAAGAAAGAGAAGAAAAAGAAGAAGAAGAGAGGGAGCGUUCGGGCAGAAGCUUAUGGCAAGCUGACGGUUCAGCGAGAGACGGGGUUGCUGCCUAUGGCCGAGUAUGGAAUAGACAGCCCGGGAUGUGACCAUCUGGGAGACAGAACUCGUUUGGGUUGUGAACCGUGGAAAUGGCGAUCCAACGGGAUGUGGCUGCCUGGGAGAUGGAACUCGGGUAGUGAUGUUUUAUCUCGCGUGCCUGUGUGCCUCCUUCGGCCGUGGCCGAGAGGGUCGAGCUCGCGGGACGGGCUGACCUGGGCUGUGUUGUGUUCUUCGCCCGGGAUGGCCUAUCCAGCAAACCUCGAUCUGAUAGAGGAGAUGGUAGAAGUCUUCAUGGACGAUUUCUCAGUCUAUGGAGCAUCCUUCUCCUCAUGUUUGUCUAACUUGUGCAGGGUGUUGCAGAGGUGUGAGGAGACAAUCUAG